AUGGAUAAAAGAAAAAUACUUCAUGAAGCUACAAAGUGGUUCUUGGCUACUUUUCAAGACUUGACCACUUAUGAAACAGCGUAUGGUUAUGCAGAAUGGACACUCUAUGCAGUCCCUUUCAUAAAAACAGAAGAACAUUUCCUGUUCGCUGCAAAGUUAAUUAUCUUGGUGAUUAUAGGGGAUGAUUCAUUCAGAGAACACGAAUAUGUUGUGUUGAUGGAUUACCUGAAAACAUCCGUUGUCAACGAUUCCAGUCCUUUUAUUUCAGCUAUCAUCAAAUUAUUCGAUGAUUUUAAAGCGGUAUCCAUCUAUGAGGAAAAUUACCAUAAUAUGAUCAAAGUCAUUGUAGCUUUCUUCGAUUCCACCGUCGGAAAGAAAUCAAAUGACGAGAUGGAUCGUAUUAUCGAUACUGGCAUGCCACCAUUUUAUAUCAUCAGCCUUGAUUCGAAUCAUAUCCUUGCCGACAUGAAUAACAAAAAAAUGCUUGAUAGCUCAUAUGGAAUACGGAUAGACAAUGAUCUACUUUCGUAUCCCAAGGAUACUAUGUCAGACUACAUGUUGGAUCAUACCAACCCGGUGUAUGCAGGUGUAUCCAUAGGCGAUCAAGUCAAUGCCAUCGAGGAUCAUUGUACAACCCAAUUGUCGCGUGUCGAACCAACUCUCGAGGAUGCUAUUUAUUUGCAAGGUCGAAUGGGUUGUUUCAUAUGGCAACUGUUUACAAAGAGAUAUGGCCGUAUUCUUAAGACUGUCCAAGCUCAUCAAUGUGUUCCUCCUCAUAUCCCUACCAACAUUAUCAAGUCAAUUGUUGGAUGA